UUGUGAACUUGUGUCCAGCCACCCAGAUGCCGUCUAAAGAUCACCGCCGAGACUUUCGCCAACCACGUGAUCGGUUCAACGUGAACAUAUUGAAACAAAGUAGAUAGAUGACCUUCUUAGAACAAAGGUAUGGCAAGCUUGAUGGUGAACACCUCUAGUAAAAACAGUUCGCGCAGUGGAUCUCCUAGUAGGACAACUUCGACGUCUCAACCGACAGCAAACUUGGAUCAUACUCCAAGAUUGCGUAAUGCUCCAAUUUCUCAAGGAGAGGGUAGCACUGGCAGUGGAAGUAGUGGUGGUGGUGGUACCGGAAGUAGCCUCAACAUGAGAGGCAGCAAUAGACAAAGGUCACCAGGAAAUUUAAUCCGUACGGGGGAUGCCAUGGAUGAACCAAGUAGUACUUCAAACACUGCCGAACCAGACGAAUUUGUGCCAAAUGUUCAUCCACCGACUGAUGACGAAGGAGAACAAUACCACACAACCCAAUCGUUCCUAUCAAAUGGUUCUUCUGAGUUGAUAAGCGAUGAUGUCGACUCUAGUGCAGCACGAGUUCGUCAAGCUAUUGAACAUAUUCAAAGCAAAAUUGCUAAAACGCGAGAACAGAUAAGAAUAGAACAAACCACGCGGGAUGAAAACGUCAAUGAAUAUUUGAAAUUGGCUGCUAAUGCAGACAAGCAGCAAUUAACUAGGAUUAAAACGGUAUUCGAAAAGAAGAAUCAAAAAUCGGCGCACAGUAUUUCACAAUUACAAAAAAAGUUAGACAGCUACACAAAAAAAUUACGAAAUUAUGAGAUGAAUGGUGCACCGACGAGUCAUAGACAACCGAGAGAAAUGUUACGCGACAUGGGACAAGGACUUAAACAUGUAGGAGGAAACAUCAGGGAUGGAAUCACUGGUUUUUCAGGAACUGUAAUGUCUAAACCAAGAGAGUUUGCUCAUCUUAUUAAAAACAAAUUUGGAAGUGCCGAUAAUAUAAAUACUUUAUCACAUGGCUCGACUUUUUAUGUAAACGAUACACCGCAUGCAGGUAAUGGUGAUAACGCUAGCGUUGAAGAUGAUAAAACUCACCAUGGAUCGGCUACACUUCCGGGUGGAUGCAGUCUAGGAUCUACCCAAAGUGCAGCGGCUAUGAAGUUUCCGUCUGAGGAAGGAUCGGAGUGUUCUAGCGUAACUAGUGAAAGCGGUCCUGGUAGUAGAGGACAGCCGCAUACAUGUCACAGUAAUAAUGCAGCCUUGAGUCUCAAAUCUAUUUUUGCAGAACUACAGGAACACCGGGAGAAUCUUGAUCGAAUGAGAGAAAAAUUAGAUAGUGUAAAGACAUUACAGCAGGAAGUGACAUAUCUUUCUCAUUCCCUCCAAGAAGAACGUUUCAGAUGCGAACGUUUAGAAGAACAGAUUAAUGAUUUAACAGAAUUGCAUCAGAACGAAGUGGAAAACUUGAAGCAAACUAUUACAGAUAUGGAGGAGAAAGUGCAAUAUCAAAGCGAAGAUAGAUUACGAGAUAUACAUGAGAUGUUAGAAAGUUGUCAAACUAAAAUUUGUAAAAUGGAACAUCAACAACAACAGCAUCAACAAUAUGUGACAUUGGAGGGUUUAGAUAAUAGCAAUGCGAGAGCAUUCGCUGUAAAAUUGAUAAAUGUAGUAUUGACAGUAUUGCAAGUUGUUUUGCUCCUUGUUGCAACGGGUGCUGGUAUUAUGAUGCCUUUUCUCAGAACUAGCUGUACUAAGCCUCAUUGUUUCAUGUGCAGGGUGCGUAUAUUAACGACUACAUUCGUUGUACUGGGCAUAGUGUUUGUGUUAAAGCAAUGGCCUGAGGUACAUGACGUUGGCAGCCAUCUCAUACGCCAUCUCAAACAGACGCUCGCCAUGAAGUAGUAUUGGUGGAAUACUUAAAUUUAAUCAAACCCUGUGAUGAAGCUGGGCUAGAUUGGACACAUUGAUUGAAACCUUGCAUCCAUUUAUCAGUGUUGUAACACAUUGGAGCAAUAAUAGUAUGUAUACGCGUAAAUAAGUUUAUCUUAUA